UCUUACAGUAUUUUUCAAAAUGAAUUCUUUACAGAGCUCCAGCGAUAAGAAAGAAGUAAAGAAUAAGUGCAUACUCUACAGAAAUAACAAGGUUAAAGACCUUGUGAGGAAAAACUUCAAUGAAAAAGCAAAGGAAAAGCUCUUUGGUACAGAUGUGAACAGCACUGAGUUUUUUAAAGUAUUCACAGUCAGUUCUGAAGAGUUUUGGAAUAAUGAAGAAAAUGAAGAACAUAUCCUUGAUCAUGAUGAAACUGAAUUGCCAGCACUUAAAGAACACAUCAAGGGUCUGUAUAUCAGCCACUCUCAGAAAGCAGUAAAAGACUACAUAGCUGGUGUCUCUGGGCUUGUUUCUUUUCUUCACAUUCCAAAGGAAAACACAAGCACUCAGACUGAAGACUUGAAGGAUAAACUAUUCUCAGAACUUAAACUGAAAUUUGAGACUAGACUUCAAGAUCUGGGCAAAUUUUUCGACAGUGUUUACACAAAAAUUAUGAACAACUUGGAUGAAGGUGUGAAGAAGGCUGAGGGCCAUUGCCUAAAAAAUGCUCAAAAAAUUCUGAAGAGUAAAAACGCAAAAUAUAGUGGAUACCAUAAGACACUUAAGGCAUUAUGUAGGUGUUCCGGGUACUACAGAUCCCGUGAUGGUAAAACUGUAGAUUUGAACUAUACUUUGGUCUUACCCAUGUAUGCUUCUAUGGAUAACACUUUCACCAGCUGUUUUCGGAUCAAUCAAAACUCAAGGAGGUCAAUUAAGGGUGCCUUUGAUCUUCUUCAAAAUGAUUUGAUUACAAUUGACAAUAGAAAACAUGCUGCCGUCAAGUUGCGUCUGACGUACAUCAAAACAGAGCUCAGAAUACUAAUAGCUAACUUGGAGACAGAAGCCACUGCAAGAAAGAAAAACAUCUACAAUUCUAUUACCCAGUCUGUCCAGGAUUCCAUGGACCCAGCUUAUAAAGGUACAAUUCUAUUAUUUUUGUAA